ACCAUGACCGCCUUUGUUUCCAGAAGGGAAGCCAGGCUUGGAUGCCUGAGCGCUGCGGUGUGAGAUAGUUCGCAGCAUCCCCCGAGUGGUCGCCGCAACUCCGAAGUCCCUUCAGGUCCAUCAUUACGCCGCGCGGUUUCUUGUAACCUAUUAAUGUAUCCUCCCUUUUUUAUGCCUCGCACGGCCCGCGACAGGAAGUUCCCUCGCGCUCGCAAUGUUGUGGGCAGGCGCCGCAAAGGUACCAGCGUUGCAGCUUGGACCCAAAUACUUCGAUUGUCGACACACGAGUCACCCGGUGAGUCUCGCGCCCAGGACUGCCCUCUCACUGUCGGUUUGUUCGACAUUCAAUCACCGGAGUUGGUGCGCUCGAGCGGCGCAAAGCCGAAGUUUUCAGAUAUGCUGAACGGUAGACCGAUACAGGGGGCACCGGGGCAUUGCUUAGGCAUUUGGCGGUUUGUUUAUCUCGCACCACCAAUGGCUGCACAUAGAUGCGUUGCGGAGAAGGCGGAUGCGGUAGGUUGCUACUGCGACCGUUCCCGACCGUCCACAUCUUCGCGAAGUCGUCGGUGUUCCCAAAAGUGUCAGCCGCGCGCCCGCAGGUUCACCAUUCGGCCCAGGAUUGUGUACCCCCGGAAAUGGUCGCACUCCUUUGUUUUGCCGCAGCAAAAUCAUAACAAUGACACGUUGUCCGGUUAUAUCGACAUCGCGGACGUCUUGAGUCUCCCUGGGGAUUUGUCGUUCUCCGUCGUCAUAGAAGCACAGAACCCGAACCGUACCUUCGCAGUGUCGCUCAGCCGACUAAGAAUGGCCCGGCUUUCGGACGCUUGAACCGCUUCGAGGGCAUGUCCCUACUACACAAGUCGGCUGACUCGGAAGUGUGGUCAUUCGCGACGAUGCAGGGAGGGA